GCAGCACCAGCAGCAGAGGAAGCAGCACCAGCAGCAGAUGAAGCAGCAGAUGAAGCAGCACCAGCAGCAGAGGAAGUAGAAUCCCCAGAAGAACCGGCACCAGUAGAAGCAGAGGUGUUAGCCGAGGUGGUCGCUGAGACGGCCGCAGUCGAGGAGGCGCCUGCAGCAGCAGAGGAAGUCCUGGCAGAGGUCGCAACCAAAUCCGUCGCUGUCCUAGAGGCGGUUGCAGAGGUUGCUGUGGAACCAGAGGUCGUUGCAGUUGAGGAGGCGCCCGCAGUGGAAGUUGCCGUGGUUACGGAAGAAGCUCCACCGGAGGCUGACGCAGAGGCCGUCAUCGAGGACGUCGCAGAUGCGGCUCCUGGCGUCGUGGAAGAGGUCGUUGCCGUGGAGGCCGCCGAUGCUGUGUCUGACAUCACGUCUGCCUCCAUGAAGCUCCUGGCCAGUUCUGAGAUCGCUGCUGCCUCGGUAGCUGAGAGGAGGCUCAUGCACGCCGUCCAAUACCUAGAAGACCGGACUGAAGAAUCCUCACUCGCUCCCGCCGAGGACAUUCUAGAUUCCCUGGCGGUUCCUGAAGCUAAGGUAGAGGAGGAAGUGUUAUCUGUGGAGGGGGAAGUGGCAGAAGCACCAGCUGCAGAAAUCUUGGAAACUGAAGAGCCCAAACCAGAAGAGGAGGCUGUUGCCACCCCUAAUGUCACAGAGGAAGUGGUUGCUGAAGAGACCCCUGAGCCGGAGGAAGUGGUUGCUGAAGAGACCCCUGAGCCAGAGGAAGUAGUUCCGGUCGUCGUAGAGGAAGCUCCAGCUGCUGUUGCAGAGGAGGAGAUGGCUGCGGCUCCCCUAGAGGCCACAGAGACCCCUGCCACUGUGGAAGCACCUGAGGCUGAGGCUUCUGCCGCUGUGGAAGCACCUGAGGCUGAGGCUUCUGCCGCUGUGGAAGCACCUGAGGCUGAGGCUUCUGCCGCUGUGGAAGCACCUGAGGCUGAGGCUUCUGCCGCUGUGGAGACAGCCCAAGUGUCUGAGGUUGAGGCGCUCGUCGUGGAGGCUGUGGAGACAGCCCAAGUGUCUGAGGAUGAGGCGCUCGUCGUGGAGGCUGUGGAGACAGCCCAAGUGUCUGAGGAUGAGGCGCUCGUCGUGGAGGCUGUGGAGACAGCCCAAGUGUCUGAGGAUGAGGCGCUCGUCGUUGAGGCUGUGGAGACAGCCCAAGUGUCUGAGGAUGAGGCGCUCGUCGUUGAGGCUGUGGAGACAGCCCAAGUGUCUGAGGAUGAGGCGCUCGUCGUGGAGGCGGCGAUGCUGGCAGCAGCCUCAGCCCUGGAUGUCGAGGCAGUGGAGGCAGAGGCUGCCCCGGCUGAGGAAGUCAAGGAGGCCCUCUUCACUUCAUGCCACCAAUGUGAAGCCCCAGCUUCUGAGGCUGAUGUGGCAGUCACCCCCAUGGAGGUUGUAGAGGCUGCAUCUGUGGGGGAAGUAGAGGCUCCCCCUGCUGGUGUGGAGGAGGCAGUCGUCGAGGGUGAGGCAGUGGAGGUGACCGCAGAGGAGCGCGCCACCGAUUGGCCUGCUGAGGUGACCGCAGAGGAGCACGCCACCGAUUGGCCUGCUGAGGUGACCGCAGAGGAGCACGCCACCGAUUGGCCUGCUGAGGUGACCGCAGAGGAGCACGCCACCGAUUGGCCUGCUGAGGUGACCGCAGAGGAGCACGCCACCGAUUGGCCUGCUGAGGUGACCGCAGAGGCAGUGGAGGAAGCCAAGGUGGAAGGUGCACAGAGUAUGAGCCUGAUGUUGCUGACAGCCCAGUCCUGACUGGAGACCAGCAAGAUGUGCCUUCUGGAACAGUCAACACCCACAGCUGUCAAUCAAACAGGACGAUCAACAUAAAACACACACAGAAUUAGAACUGGUUUGAAUUGAAUUCUAUAAUUCUAUUUAACUCAUUAUAUAUUUAACUGUUGUCUAAUGACAACCGUUGUCUACCCGGUAACUACAUUCCCGGUUCUCACUCAGUUUCUUGGUCUUGUAUUUUCCCUACCCAUGGUGAGGUGACACUUCUGUAAGGGUUUGAAGUCUGACUUUAUUCCUAGGCUCAGACCCAAAUGACACCUUAUACCCAAUAUAGUGCACUACUUUUGACCAGGGUCCGGGGGAAUAGGGUGCCAUUUGGGAUGGAUAGCAACUAUUUCUCAGUACCACCCUGUUCCCCACAGUGUCACUGUUACCAAGCUGACAAAGACCACUUGAAUGUAUUUGAAGUUACUUGAUAAAUUAUUGUGUACUUGACAUUGCCUAAUGAAAUCUGACUAUUUUUUUUUGAUUCAAUGAAAUAAGAUCUGAAUUGCUGUAUUAAACAGUAGGCCAUUAGACAACAUAUAGAUGAUUGUGUUCUUCAGAGACUGUUGAGUAAGUUCUGCAUGGAGUUUUUUUAUCCAAUCAGGGAACAUCUAGAUUAAGUUUAGUUCUCAAGCCAGUAGACUGUUGGUAGACAGUGUUGUACCCAUGUGAUGUAAAAAAUAAAAUGUUUUU